AUGCCAUCCCACAGGCCACGAGACCGGUCAGCAGUGGUCAGACGAGCCAAGAAAUCUAGUUCGAGCCCCAGAAACGAGGCUCCAAUGAGAGCGGGCGUGCUCGGACCUCUGAACUUCAGCAGCGCCUCGCGUAGCUCAAGUUCUCUCCCCUCCAACAUUUCCCCGUUCGACGUCACGUCGUUCACCACGGAUCACCACCAGCAAUCAUGGCUCCCCACGCCCCCGCCCCAGACGCCAUUGGCUCCCACUUCGAUCAACAAGAACAGCGAAGACAGCAACAGUCUCUCCGAGGACUUUGUGCUCUAUCCCACCUCGCCCGCCCGUCCGCAGCCUCGCCCCAGAGACUCGCGUGCGCCAGCACUCGUGAAUACAACCCAUAGACCGUCUGCCCUGCAGCCGUUCCUGGCCCAGAAUCAAGCUCGACGACACUCCUUCACUCUGCAGCUGCAACGUCAUCUCCAGCAGCAACAGUUGUCCGGAUCGCCCGUGCAAGACCCUCGAUUGGCCAGACUCGCUUCGCAGCAGUCAACUCCGUCUUCCUCUUACCGGUCUCCCAACGCUUUGAAGCGUCACCCAGCGUCGGUGCCUUCAAACUCUCCACACCCCAACCGCCCUCCCGUCCCUUAUUUUAACACGGGCCUCGCCGUGAACCAACAACAGAAACAUUACUCGCGCGCAUAUCCUCGCAUCAUGUCCACCCCCAACAUCCAACAAGGUAUUUCCGUCUCCGACGACCUCUUCCAUAGCCACAUGGCUAACCCCGCUCCCACAGACUACGACUUUGACUACGACGCCCUCCUGGGGUUGUCCUCAACCGACUUCAUGGAGGGUGCCAAGUCUCCUCACCCCUUCGCCUUUGACCAGCUCCCGCUGGGCUCAGAGGCCGGGGUCGAGCUUGUCACCGACGCUCCGACGGGCACCAUCUCGCCCAAGGAUCUGAUGAUGGACUCCUCGCUGCCACCGUCGACUUCGUUCACGGAUCUCAGCACCCCGUCCUUCGACUCGCCUGGCAACUUCAGCCAGAACCCGUCGCCGAUGUUCACGGACGUCGACCUGGUUUCCGGCCACGAGGCCUGGUCUCCCCUCUUCCACGACAGCGAUGCUGUGAACGCCUUUGACGCGGCCCUGGCCGAGCCCAAGUACACACAGACGGCAGCCCCCGUGGCUCCUCUGUCGCCGGCUCCCAUGAAGCGGACUGCCUCGGCCACCACCAAGCAGUCCUCCGCCACCCGGCCCUCGUCCGUCGCCGGUGUCAAUGCUCGCACGCGCAAGCCUCUGAGCCCCGUCACCUUUGACGAGAGCGACCCCGUCGCCGCCAAGCGUGCUCGCAAUACAGAAGCCGCUCGCAAAUCGCGUGCUCGCAAGAUGGAGCGCCAGGCCGGCUCGGAGCGCCGUAUCGCCGAGCUCGAGGAGCUCCUCGCUGCACGGGACCAGGAGAUCGAGUACCUCAAGUCCAAGCUGCAGGCUCAGGAAAGCUACCAAUAG